CCCUACUCAGGUCUCUCUAUCUUCAGUCUAAAGAAAGAGAGUGAUAGAGGAGAGAGAGUCGCCAUGGGCAACGGCAUGAUUAGGUUUUUUCUUGUUCUUCUAUUAUUCUUGUCAUCCGCGGAGUACAUCUUUUCGCUUUACGAAGAUCAAGUCGGCCUCAUGGACUGGCACCAACGGUAUGUCGGGAAAGUGAAGCAUGCAGUGUUCCAUACUCAAAAGACCGGGAGAAAGCGAGUUGCGGUGUCUACUGAAGAGAAUGUUGUUGCUUUGCUGGAUCUCCGGCAUGGAGAGAUUAUUUGGAGACAUGUCCUUGGGGCCAAUGAUGCAGUGGAUGCAGUCGAUAUUGCACUGGGUAAAUAUGUUAUUACCCUCUCAUCCGAGGGAAGUAUUUUAAGGGCAUGGAGCCUUCCUGAUGGCCAGAUGGUGUGGGGAUCUUUUCUUCAGGGCUCAAAUCUCUCGAAAUCAUUAUUGUCUCUGCCAGUAAAUUUGAAAGCCAACAAGGGCAAUGUGAUUCUUGUUUUCAGUAAAGGGUGUCUUCAUGCUGUUUCUAGCAUUGAUGGCGAGGUUCUAUGGGAGAAGGACCUUUCAGCUGAAAGCAUAGAGGUUCAACAGAUUAUUCGGCCUCUUGGAAGCGAUAUGAUCUAUGCUGUAGGGUUUGUUGGUUCCUCUCAGUUUGAUGCUUACCAGAUUAAUGCUAAAAAUGGAGAGUUGGUGAAGCACAAGAGUGCAGACUUUCCUGAUGGAUUUUAUGGGGAUUUGUUAUUAGUUUCGAGUGACAUACUUGUGUCAUUGGAUGCCACUAGGACAAGCUUAGUAACAAUUGAUUUUCAGAAAGGAGAAAUCAUCUUUAAAAAGACUCAUGUUUCAGAUAUUGUCGAUGAGUCUUUUGGGACGGCAGUCCUAUUACCUUCAGAGCUGUCAGGAAUGUUUGCUGUAAGAUUCAAUACACUUUUAGUAUUCAUAAAAGUGACAAUUGAAGGAAAGUUGGAGGUUGUCGACAAAAUUACCAAUGCAGCUGCUGUUAGUGAUGCUCUCUCAUUUUCAGAGGGUCAACAAGCUUUUGCACUGGUUGAACAUGUAGACAGAAAGAUUCUCCUCACAAUGAAGCUUGUUCACGAUUGGAAUAGUGAUUUGCUCAAGGAGAGCAUAGCGAUGGACCUUCAAAGGGGGAUGGUGCAAAAGGUUUUCAUAAACACGUAUAUCCGCACGGACAGGUCCCAGGGGUUUAGAGCUUUGAUUGUCAUGGAAGAUCAUUCACUGUUGUUACUGCAACAAGGUGAGAUUGUCUGGUCUAGAGAGGAAGGCCUAGCCUCGGUUAUUGAUGUGACAACAUCAGAACUACCAGUGGAAAAGAAAGGCAUACUUGUAGUGAAAGUGGAACAGAGCCUCUUUGAGUGGCUGAAGGGGCAUGUCCUGAAGCUUAAGGGGACUUUAAUGCUUGCCGGCCCUGAGGAUAUAGCAGCUAUACAAGGAAUGAGAUUAAAAAGUUCUGAGAAGAGCAAAAUGACCCGAGACCACAAUGGUUUCUGGAAACUGCUAAUUGUCCUUACUAAAGCAGGGAAACUUUAUGCUUUGCAUACUGGAGAUGGUCGGGUUGUCUGGUCUCUUUUGCUGCCCUCUCUACGUGAAUCAGGAUCAUGCAAGCGUCCGACUGGCCUUAGUGUUUAUCAGUGGCAGGUGCCUCAUCAUCAUGCCAUGGAUGAGAACCCUUCUGUCCUUGUUGUUGGUCGGUGCAGACCAAAUUGGGAUGCCCCCGUUGCUCUUUCUUUUGUUGAUACCUAUACAGGAAAGGAGCUUAAAUCAAUGGGUCUCAUUCACUCCUGUGCACAAGUUAUUCCUCUGCCAUUUACUGAUUCAACCGAACAGCGACUCCAUCUUCUGAUAGAUGCUGAGAAGCAUGCACAUUUAUACCCAAGAACUUCUGAGGCUAUUGGUAUUCUUCAACAUGAGUUUUCAAACAUAUACUGGUACUCAGUUGAGGCUGAUAAUGGCAUUAUAAGAGGGCAUGUCUUGACGAGCAAUUGCAUUGGCAUGGUGGAUGAAUACUGCUUCACCUCCAGGGAGCUAUGGUCAAUUGUAUUUCCGUCUGAGUCAGAAAAGAUCAUAGCAACUGCGACAAGAAAGUUAAAUGAGGUGGUUCAUACUCAAGCAAAGGCUAUAGCUGAUCAAGAUGUUAUGUAUAAAUAUAUAUCCAAAAAUUUACUUUUUGUGGCAACCAGUGCACCAAAAGCCAGUGGUGAAUUUGGAAUGGCCCAGCCGGAGGAGUCGUGCUUGGUUGUAUACUUGAUUGAUACUGUAACCGGUCGUAUAUUGCAUCGCAUGACUCAUCAUGGCUCACAGGGUCCUGUUCAUGCUGUUCUUAGCGAGAAUUGGGUUGUCUACCACUACUUCAAUCUUAGAGCACACAGAUAUGAGAUGUCAGUUAUGGAGAUCUAUGAUCAGUCUUGGGUGGACAACAAGGAUGUCUGGAAGCUAGUUGUUGGAAAGCAUAAUCUUACUUCACCAAUUUCCUUGUAUUCUCGACCAGCGGUGGUAACAAAAUCGCAGUCUUACUUUUUCACCCACUCUGUGAAAGCAAUAGCAGUGACAUCAACAGCCAAGGGUAUAACUUCAAAGCAGCUUCUUAUCGGUACCAUUGGUGAUCAGGUUUUGGCUCUUGAUAAGCGUUAUUUAGAUCCUCGUCGAUCUCUUGACCCUACACAAGCUGAGAAAGAAGAAGGCAUUAUACCUCUAACGGAUUCCUUGCCCAUUAUUCCUCAGUCCUAUGUGACACAUGCUCUUAACGUGGAAGGUCUCCGAGGCAUUGUUACGUUACCUGCCAAGUUGGAGUCCACAACUCUUGUCUUUGCAUAUGGAGUGGAUAUUUUCUUCACUCGAAUUGCACCCUCGAGGACAUAUGAUUCACUCACAGAAGAUUUCAGCUACGCUUUGCUUCUCUUAACAAUAGUUGCUCUCAUUGCAGCAAUCUUUGUGACAUGGAUUAUGUCCGAGAGGAAAGAAUUACAAGAGAAAUGGACGUGAUUCCGCCUUCAGUCUGUCCUUUUCCUGACUUCUUCUAACGUUAAGUGACUUGUAGAUUUUACUUUUUACAUUAGGUCAGGAGGUGAUGCCUCCUUAAAUGCCUCCUUAACUUCUUCUUCAUCUUUUUUCUUUCUUUUCUUUUCUUUUUAUGGGGUCUAAAUUUAGGGUUGGGUUAGAUUUAGAGAUGAUUUUAGAUGAAAUAUGAAAGUUGAAAAAAAUAUUGUUAGAAAAUUA